UGAUGGUGAGUCCAACUUCAGAGCAGUAUGACAGUUUGCUCCGUCAGAUGUCAGAGAGGAUUGAUGAGGGAUGUGGGGAGACCAUCUAUGUCAUUGGUCAAGGAUCAGACGGGACUGAGUACGGUCUGAGCGAGGCAGACAUGGAAGCAUCCUAUGCCACCUUGAAGAGCAUGGCAGAGCAGAUUGAGGCAGACGUGAUCCUCCUGCGGGAGCACCAGGAGGCAGGGGGCAAGGUGCGCGACUACCUUGUUCGGAAACGUGUGGGUGACAACGACUUCCUGGAGGUCAGGGUAGCAGUGGUUGGCAAUGUGGACGCAGGGAAGAGCACACUGCUGGGUGUCUUGACACACGGCGAGCUGGACAACGGCCGAGGCUUUGCUCGGCAAAAGCUUUUCCGCCACAAGCACGAGAUUGAGUCAGGCCGCACCAGCAGUGUGGGCAAUGACAUCCUGGGCUUUGACAGCGAGGGCAACGUGGUGAACAAGCCUGACAGCCAUGGUGGCAGCUUGGAGUGGACUAAGAUCUGUGAGAAAUCCACCAAGGUCAUUACUUUCAUUGACCUAGCUGGCCACGAAAAGUACCUGAAAACCACUGUCUUCGGCAUGACCGGCCAUUUACCUGACUUCUGCAUGCUUAUGGUUGGCAGUAACGCUGGGAUUGUUGGAAUGACCAAGGAGCACUUGGGCCUGGCACUUGCACUUAAUGUUCCUGUCUUUGUUGUGGUGACCAAGAUCGACAUGUGCCCUGCCAACAUCUUGCAAGAAACCCUGAAGCUGUUACAGCGACUGCUGAAGUCCCCAGGGUGCAGGAAGAUUCCCGUGCUGGUUCAGAGCAAGGAUGAUGUCAUUGUAACAGCCUCCAACUUCAGCUCAGAGAGGAUGUGCCCGAUUUUUCAGAUUUCAAAUGUCACUGGGGAGAACCUAGAUUUGCUGAAGAUGUUUCUUAAUCUCUUGUCUCCACGGACCAGUUACAGGGAGGAAGAGCCGGCAGAAUUCCAGAUAGAUGAUACUUACUCAGUCCCGGGUGUAGGAACAGUGGUGUCUGGGACGACGCUGAGAGGCCUAAUCAAGCUAAAUGACACCCUGCUGCUGGGCCCAGAUCCCCUUGGCAACUUCCUGCCUAUUGCUGUCAAGUCCAUCCACCGCAAGAGAAUGCCCGUCAAAGAAGUGCGGGGAGGCCAGACUGCCUCCUUUGCUUUGAAAAAGAUCAAGCGUUCCUCCAUCCGGAAAGGCAUGGUAAUGGUGUCACCACGCCUGAAUCCACAAGCGUCGUGGGAGUUUGAAGCAGAGAUUCUGGUGCUCCAUCACCCCACCACCAUCAGCCCACGAUAUCAGGCCAUGGUGCACUGUGGCAGCAUCCGUCAGACGGCCACGAUUCUCAGCAUGGACAAGGACUGCCUGCGGACGGGGGACAAAGCCACCGUGCACUUCCGCUUCAUCAAAACCCCCGAGUAUUUGCAUAUAGACCAGCGUCUGGUCUUCCGUGAAGGCCGCACCAAAGCUGUGGGCACCAUCACUAAGUUACUCCAGACCACCAAUAACUCGCCAAUGAAUUCCAAGCCACAGCAGAUCAAGAUGCAGUCAACUAAGAAGGGAGCCGUUACCAAACGAGAGGAUGGUGUUCCCCCAACUGGGACAGCAGCUGGAGGUCAAACAGCUGGGGAUGAGGCCCCCUCAACAGCCGCAGCACCACUCACACCUACUGCCCUACAACCGUUGUCAAAAGUUGGAGGAGGAGGCCGGCGACGUGGGGGUCAGCGCCAUAAAGUGAAGUCUCAGGGAGCCUGUGUGACUCCUGCCAGUGGCUGCUGAAUUUCUUACUCCUCCUCCCUCUGAGGAAUUCCUUCCCUUCCCUUCAUUUCUUAUCCAAAAGAUCCAGAGCAGCUUGAACCAAAACCCAUCCCAGCUGAUUGGCUGCAGAAGAAUCAUCCCUCCUCCCUGAAGGAAGCGAUGGAGAGGAGCAUAAUUUAUAAGCUAAUGAAGGUGAUAAGACACCCAGAACUGAGUAACUGACACCUUCCUCCUUCCCCUGUUGACACAUUUUUGUACAUCAUGGGCUUAGUUUUUAUUCUUACUAGUUUUUAUUAUAUUUUGUGUGCAUGAAGAUGAGAGGAGAGUCUGGAUAGAACUGCGAAGAGCCAGUUAGCUGCCUCCCUCCUCCCUCCCCCCAUUCUGUCCACAGGACUUGCUGCUCUCCUCCUAUUUGCUGUCUCAGAUCCAGGCGUUAGCAAACGCCUGAAAUUCCAGAUUUGCAAAGGUUAAAACACGUUGCUUAGGAUGGCUCCAUAGGGCAUUGUUUCCUCACCACUGUUGCCCCGUGCCAAAUGUUUCUGGAUUCCCUCUGUCUUAAACUAUUUCUAAGUGGGUUUCAUUUAACCUAGUGACUGAAGUUUGAAGGAGAUGGUAAGAAAGUUCAUUAGCUGGAGAUCUAAGAGGUAAACAAACUGGAAAGCAGUUCUUGAUGCUAAGGUGAGGAAUCCUAUACCAAAUAUCCUUGUCAAAUACAUUGAUAGCACUUAGUAUUUUAAUUAGAGAUGGAAUUAAGUGGGUAGUCAUUUGUCCAUCCUGUCCCUCUUCCCAUCAUGCUGCUUUUCCUGUUGUUUGUGCAGUGCACAUUGGAGCAAAUUGAACCUGUCCCUCAAGGUGCAGCAGCUCCACUGACAGUGUUAGGAAUAUAGUGCAGGAACACUGGGUCUGUCCCUCGAGUCAGGGAAAGCCUUCUCACCUCGACAGACAGAGACCACAGGUGGUGUAAUAUACCUUUGGAACAGUGACACUGGUCAAACAUGACCUUCCCUUGAUUUUGUUUACUCCAAGAGUUCCCAGACUUCCUCUGGAACUCGCUGCCUAAACUUUGCCAGGGCAGAGGUAAGAUUUGUUUUCUCCCUUCUUGUCCAAAGAGGGCAAUGAUGAUUUGGUACCAAACGUGAUGAAGGGCUUUCAGGUUUUGAAGUACAUGGUAAUUUUUAUG